AUGUUGCGUCAUAAUUACGAUCAAGAAAAAACAAUAGUGAAAGAGAAAUCUAUACAUCGUCAUAAAACUCACUAUGGGCAUUUAAGUCAAAAAUCAACAUUGGUUAUUGAUCAUUUAAUAACAAAAGUUAAACAAAAACGAUUAGCAAAACAAGAUACAUCGGAUUUAUCUGAUUAUGUAUCACAUGAAAAUAUUAAUAGUAAUAAACAAUUAGAACAAAAUCAUCAUAAAUUUCAACAUCAACGAAUUAUACAUAAUGAUGAUCAUAUUGUUACUAUUGAAAAUAAUGAACAAGAUGCAGUUGUUCCUAAUCACAUACAUAACAAUGAAGAUAUAGAAGAGAAUGUCCAACAGCAAAGAAAUUCUGCCAAAUUUAAUAAGAAUAAAAAACUGAAGAAAUCAAACGAUGGAAAUAGCCCUGUUAUUGACAUAGCUAAUCAAUCCAAUACAAAAAAACGGCGAUCACCAUUACGACAUACGAGUUUUCAAAUUCGUAAUGAAGAUUUUAAUGUUAUAUUCAAUGAUUUACCAUCCGAUGAACAGUUAAUUAUAACUUAUCCAUGUGCUUGGAAAAAAGAUGUAUUCAUACAUGGUCGAAUUUUUCUUUCAAUGAAUUAUUUAUUAUUUUAUUCAUGUUUUUUCAAAUGGGAAGAACGUUUACGUAUUCCUUAUAAAGAUAUUAUCAGUGUCACAAGAGAAAAGUCUGUUAUAGUUAUUCCAAAUGCAAUUAAAUUGCGAACGAAAAAACAUGAUGAAUAUACAUUUGCCAGUUAUAUACCGAGAGAAAAAAUUUUUACAACUAUAUUUCGAUUAUGGAAAAAUUCUUUAAAUGAUCAACCAUUAGAUUAUCAACAAUUACGAGCAUUGAUUUCGGCUAAUCAACAUACUCAUGAUGAAUCAAAUGAUGAUAGUAAUGAGUAUAAUAUUUUAGAAAAUAAUGAUGAAAAUCCUCAUAAGUCACAUUCUACAAGAUUGAAUAGCUCAGCAGAAUCAUCUAAACUGGAUGAUGAAAAUAUGAUUUAUUUACAAACAUGUACAUGUGAAAGUCAUCCAGUAAAAACAUAUGUAGAUCAAUUAUUUAGUUUUAAUGUUGAUACACUUUUUGAAUUAUUUUUUGGUGAUAAUCCAUUUAUACGUGACUUUCAUAAUGCACACAAAUUACUUGGUAAAUU